CCGUAACAAGACACAAUAAUAAUGUUCCAGUUCUUGACGCGUGGUCACUCCAGUGUCCCACAAGCUUCCUGAGUCACGCACUAGUCUCAAAGUGUUUUUUCACCACCAGUGAGUCACAUAAUGAUAUGUAAUGACUAUUUUCGCCUUACUUGCUUUAUUCACAUAUCAAGCAUCGGAGAAACCCGGAGACAGCCAGUACUCUUUGAGCUUCCGUCGUGGAAAGGAUGACUUUUGAGAAUGGAACAACUAGCAAAUGACAGAAGAUGACAACGAUUCAGAGUAAAGGGAGCUUUCGAGCUGCGCUGGUGUUGCUCCUGGCGUUGAACCUCCAGAGGAACUGUUGCCGUGCAUCAACUGGGCCGCGUGACGGCGCAGAGAGCUUUCAAGGAAAGUCCACCUGGGGAUCGGCAAAGGACUUGGACGAACCGCUGAGUUUUGUGGCCUCGGAGUCCAGGUCUUUCAACUCUGUAGUUAGGCCGAGGGGGGACGACAUUUUGGGUUCGGUCACGUAUGGGCAGAGUGGGAGGUGGGUUGGCAGGGCCACCCCUUUCAACCAGGAGCCUUUCGGCACCGUUGUGUCCACGUCAGUAGCGGUCCGUGGGGGAGAACCAGAUUAUAAUGGGGUUUAUGACCCUUACGGGGUGAACCAGCGUAGAUUUCCAGAUCAGAGAAGACCAACUCCUCCCUCAUUUAACAAUGUUCCUUUCGACAAUUUCAUUCCGUAUGGCCAGCCUAAUUACUAUUACGGUCCCUUUUUGCCUUACUACGAUCAGAAUAUCCCGCAAUAUUACCUCCCAGUUUAUAAUGAAAUCAUACCUCUAGGCCGAACCAGGAAUCUCCCAGUAAGAUAUGGCGAUGUCAAAUUCACCGAAGUGGACCAGAGCGUUAAAGCAGAUCUUCGCGACGGCGACUCUAAAAAAUUGCGCUCCAGUACCACAAAGUUAAACGAAUCCUUAAGACUGAAGCGAACAAAUAACGAUAAUGAUUGGGAACUGAUUCAGGUGAAUGGAACCACAGUCGAUGGUUCACAAAUGCAUCUGGUGGACAAGAUGGAAAUGGUUCAAGCAACUCCCUCAAGUGCGGAUCUUGCACCAAGAGGCAUUCCAGCUUCCUCUGAAACAAUGCCAGUCAACCGAGGAGUUCCAGCUCAUCGGGAGUUUGUGCCCAUCAAUUUUCAAGUAACCGCUCCUAAACCAGCAGCAGGCUUUGUUUUCUCCAAUGCUUUGAAAAACGAAGAUUUGAAGUCAGUUCAGGAGAAUAAUACUGCACAGAACACCACCUCCCAACCUCAGCCGACGCGCAAAAUGAAGAAGCCUCCUCCACCGAGGAACUUUUUCGAUCUCUCUAUCCAUCUCGUUUCAGAACCCGAAAACAUUUCAGCUCCGAAUGAAACAGUUACAGAUAAUCCAAUUCUCACAGGUCAGGUGGUUGCUCCUACGAAUUUUGUUCCUAUCACUUUCCUAAUCCCUACUCCUAGACCAGAGAGCCCAACCUUUGGUACUUUAACGUCAAAGAUUUGGAACCAGUUCAGGGAAAUAGGACUAAUACUUCACACCCUCAGGUGUGGAGCAAAGUGAAAGGCCCUCCGUCCAACAACCUUUCCUCUGAUUUCCCCCAAACAGGUUCUGAACCGAGAAAUAUUUCAGUCUCUCCUGAAGCGGAUGCAAAUAACGCGGGAGUCCUCGCUCGUCAGAGGUCCUACCCUACAGAGUUUAUUCCUAUCACGUUCAUACAGACUACCUAUAAACCAACAGUCCCGGCAUCCUUCGGUUCUUUUACUCCCAAGCCAAUUAAGACUCCUACAGAUCGUUUCAAUCCUAACUUUAUCCCUACAACUCGUAGACCGAUGACUAAAUUCCCGUUUUCUCCACAACCACAACCCGAUGACAUUGAUGCUAACGACGUGGACAGAGUUAUAUCCGAUAUCAUCCGGGUGGUCCCUGGCACGCGAAGAGGCGACCCAACAAUGACCCAUAACAGAGAGGUCGAAGGCUUCCCGCCUUUGAACUCUCCAUUUUUACCCGAGUCAAAUCCAGAGGACUUCCCCGGCUUAAACCCUUACCCUCCCCCGCCUCUCUUCCCGGGAGAAAUCUCCCCUAGACGACCACCCGACGUAGAUGAGGAAGGGUGGACGGUGAUCAGAUCGAAGUUCAAAGGGACGAUCACGAGAACGCCCUUCGAGGAGCCUCCAGCGGGACGUCCUGUAAAAUCCCCAGACGUCGAGUUCAUUCCCGCCCACCCUGCGAACAACAGGUUCAGUCCGACGGUGAUUGACAAAGCUCUGGCGUCCGAGUCGACCGAAACCAAGAUCCACAAGGACGUCGUCGGCCCUGUGACGUCAUCGAAAAGCUACUUCGAUAACUCUGGUGUUGGUAGCAGCUCGCCAGUAGGAAGCUACUUGUCGCUCUCAGCUAUGGCAAGUUCCAUGAUUAUUCUGUACUUUUAUUCGGGGAAUUACGGUAAUUGAAGGAUAAUUGGGACUACAAAUAAGAAGAGGAUGUUACGGAACUUUAUAAGAGGACGAAGACGACAUUGUAGUACGCAGAAUUUUACGUGGUCGUUUCUGUAAGACUGACAUUUUUCGUAAUAAUAAUAAUAAAAAAACAUUUAGUAACAGCCGAUAUUUUAAAAACAUCGUAUUACAGAUAGACAUUUUUCUCCAAAUUUAAACUAUAAAAGUACAAGAAAUAGAGAAACAAUACUAUUGUUACUUAUGUUCCAAUUUCUCCAAAUUUAAACUAUAAAAGUACAAGAAAUAGAGAAACAAUACUAUUGUUACUUUUGUUCUAAGUUCUAUGAACGGUUUUAUAAACAUGCUAAAACGUAGGUUACAGUGAAUUGAAUAUGUUGUCAAAAUAAAUUGUAUCAUUAGUGUUAGGUUCGUCAUCUCCGUUGCUUGAUGUGCACUUUUUACGUAAGUGUUUGUUAACAUCUAUUUUCAUGUUUCAUUAGCACAAGUGUAUACAUUCAGCAGAUGCUUUCAAACGAACAUAGUUUGAUGCGGAAUUCUGAACUGUUAUUUAUGCACCUGUCUCUGUAUACGAGAGAGAGAGAGAGAGAGAGAGAGAGAGAGAGAGAGAGAGAAUCUUAUCACUACGCUCAGUUAGGGUACUGAGCAACUUGUUCAUUACUGAAAAAUUCCUAAACUGUAUAAAAGUGACUAUGUGAUUUCUUCCUUGUUUUGAAGUGUUGUGAACAAUAAACGAACAUAUUGAACAGAAUGAUGUUGCUGACUUGUAGCAAAAAAGAUGCAGUCUGUGUAAAAAUUCUAAUUGAUGAUUGAUUAUCAAGACCUGAUGUAUGUAAUGUUUCGGGUACAAAUAACCGUUAUGGAAAUAAUAUCAAUGUAAAAAGACUAUAAAGAAAUAAAAGAAUGUGAUAUUGUUCAUUUCCACAGAGACACGUUAGGGUUUUAUAUGCUCAAUUAAAAUU